AUAUAUUAUCUGUAUGGUUUGAGUGGUACAGUAAGGAAGAAUGGGUUGUUGUAGAAUUGAGGCAGUGGUUAUACUGUCACUCAUGCUGGUGCUUCCAAAUGCAGAAGGAUGGGGAAAAGAUGGGCACGCCAUUGUAUGCAAAAUUGCUCAGGCUCGCCUCGACACUGCAGCUGCAGAAGCUGUGAGCAAAUUGUUGCCCAAAUCUGCAGAAAAUGACCUGGCUAGUCAGUGUUCAUGGCCAGAUGAUGUGAGAAAGGUGAUUCCUUGGUCUUCCGCCUUGCACUUUGCUGAUACUCCCGACUCCGUUUGCAGUUACGACCACACCAUGCCGAAGAUGCCUGUAAAUGGGCCUAUAAAGAUGCCACUGAAGGUGCAGUACUUGAUGAUGAAUACUUCUUGUCUCGUUUUCCGAUAGUGAAUUUGCGGUUAGCUCAAGGAGGAGUUCGAUUGGCUGCAGCUCUUAAUCGUAUUUUUAACACCAAGUAUGCAGCGGAGAUGUAGUGUGAUUGGAUCAUGAUGGUUAAUAAAAUGAUUUGAACGGUGAAACAUUUUAUAUUUAUUUUAAACGGUGAAUCAAAUCUUGUUAAGAA